UCUUCGUGAGAAACACGCAAGAGCAGUAAUUCAAACUAUCACAUUCAAAAUGCAUAUUUUCCAAGGUGUUGUACUCGCGACUGUUUUGUGUUUAUUCGAUUGUGCUUCUUCCUACGUUAUUAGCAAGCCGAAUGAAUAUACUAAGCACUUGGAUAUGAUAAAAAGGGAACAGUUUACUUGCAAUACACCCCAAAGGAGAGCCAUUUCUGCAAAGGAAAUUGCUCAAUAUGAAGACGAAUUACCUAAAAAUGUAAAGAUUUUUCCCGAGAUGACGGUAUUGCAUCGAUGUGAGUCUUCCGGUUGUUGCAAGGGAAACAAGACCUGUUCAGCCCAGACAGAUGAAGAAGUUCCUCUCACUUUUCUAGUUGUUUUUGGAGCAGUUGUUAAGCAUAUAGAAAUCACGGCGACGAAUCAUACAUCAUGUUCCUGUCAAAUGAAUCAAAAAGCUAAUAUCAAAUGAAAAUGAUGUUUCCUGAUUUCACUAGAAUUGAAUGUUUCAACUCAUUACUAAUGAUCAAUCUUUUCAUUGGUUAAAUAUUUGUGAACGUUUAAAAACUCUGAAAUCAUUAUUUACGAAAUUUUCAGAUUCGAUCAUAAUGUUGAAGAAAAAUAUCGAUUUUAGGCAAUCAACAUCUACUGACUGAUAAUAUUCGAAACGAAAAAUGACUGAUAUUCUUAGUUUUAAAUAUUUAUGUUGUUAUUUAUUGUAUGGUCUGUGAUAUUAUCUAUUAAUUAAAUAUUUAUCUCAAA